GAUUUAUUGUCUCUAAGGAGGAUUAUAGCUGCGUUGUUUUGUAACCAUGGAACAAAGAAGAGCCGAAGCGUGCGGGCAGAGACGAUGUUUUCUUGGAUGUGCGCUCGCGGUGCUUCUUUGUCGAGCUGCUUUUGCACAAAUACGAUAUUCAAUUUCAGAAGAGGUCAACGAAGGAGUUGCUGUCGGGAACAUAGCGAAGGAUUUGGGUUUAGAAAAAAGCACGCUGACAGAAAGGAAAUACAGGAUAGUGUCUGGUGGUGCGUCUCCUCCUUUUCACGUUAACCAAAACGACGGUGUUCUUUACGUAAGCCGACACAUCGACAGGGAAGAACUGUGCGAGCACAGCACGUCGUGCGUAUUAAACCUCAAAACCGUGCUUGAGAACCCGCUGGAGAUCCACUAUGUCGCUGUCCAGGUGCUGGAUUUAAAUGACCAUUCUCCCAGUUUCCCAGAUAAAGAAAAAACGUUGGAGAUUUCCGAGUCCGCGCUACCCGGAGUGCGCAUCCCGCUCCCCCCAGCACGAGAUCCAGACGUCGGACCUUUCUCCGUCCAGCAUUAUAAACUCAGCUCCAGUGAUCACUUUCGUUUGGAGGUUAAGGACAAAGGGGAAGAUGGGAAGAUACCCAUUUUAACUGUGCUUAAGUCUUUGGACAGAGAGGCGCAGAUACGUCACUCAUUAGUGCUGACGGCGCUGGAUGGAGGGAAACCGCCCAAAUCCGGAGAAAUGCAGAUUAUAAUAAAUGUUUUGGACAUAAAUGAUAACGCCCCUAUUUUCUCCCAAGAUGAAUAUUCGGUGAUGAUCGAUGAAAAUGCACCAAUAGGUACUUUAGUUUUACAGCUAAACGCAACUGAUUUAGAUGAAGGUCCGAACGGAGAGGUGGUUUACUCAUUCAGCAGUAUGGUUAAUGAAAAAAUAUUAAAGUUGUUUGACAUAAAUCCGACAACUGGUGAGAUAACUGUAAAAGGCAACAUCGAUUUUGAAGGAAGGGACAGAUAUGAAAUAGAAAUUCAGGCCUCAGACAGAGGUCUAUCUCCUUUAUCUACACAGAAAAGUGUGGUAAUUAAAAUAGUUGACGUGAAUGAUAACGCUCCUGAGAUUGAAGUGACGUCAUUUUCCAGCUCGAUUCCUGAAGAUUCGAGACCAGGAACUACAGUCGCUCUGAUCAGUGUUAAUGACCUGGACUCUGGUCUGAAUGGAAAAGUUAUUUGCUCGAUAAGUGAUGACGUAACUUUUUCUUUAGCUCCAUCCUUACAAGACAAAAUGUUUUCUUUAGUUAUCAAAUCCCUUCUGGACAGAGAGAAACAGUCAAAUUAUGUCAUAACAGUAGUUGCUAAAGAUGCAGGUCAGCCUUCACUGUUAUCUGAGAAGACAAUCAACAUGGUGGUGUCAGAUGUAAAUGACAACAGACCAGAGUUUUUAAUGAGCCCAUAUACUUUUUAUAUCAAAGAAAACAACGAUCCAGGAGCUUCAGUGUUUUCUGUUAAAGCAUAUGAUCAAGAUGAAAAUGAGAAUGCUCAUAUUUCAUAUCUUAUUAAAAGAGAUGGAAGUGAGGAGAGAACAUUAGCCUCAUUCUUAAACAUAAACUCAGAGACUGGAGACAUUGUUGCGCUGAAGAGUUUUGACUUUGAGAUUCUGAAAACCUUCCAUUUCCAAGUUGUGGCCACAGAUUCUGGAGCUCCACGGUCAGCAGGAAUAAUCCACGGCGCACAUGAUGCCUUUGUGAUGGAUUUACGGAAGCGCUCGGAAAUGAGGAUGGAACAAAGAGGACGCGUUCGCGGACAUUUCUCUGGCUUCAUGAUCGCUGUUGUUUUGUGGUGCUCAGCCUCAGCCCAGUUAAGAUAUUCCAUCUCUGAGGAGGUCUACGACGGAACAGUGGCCGGAAACAUAGCAAAGGAUUUGGGGAUAGAUAAAAACACACUAAAAGACCGGAAGUACCGGAUCGUGUCCAGCGACGUGGAUCCGCUCUUCUAUUUAAAUGAGAACGAUGGGAUCAUGUAUGUGAGGCGGAGGAUCGACAGGGAGGAGGUGUGUGAGCAGGGCAGUCGGUGUGUGAUAAAUUUAAAAACCGUGCUGGAAAACCCGUUAGAGGUCCAUUAUGUUGAAGUGGAAAUUCUGGAUUUAAAUGAUCACUCUCCUGAUUUCCUGGAGCGAAACACCACCUUAGAGAUUUCCGAGUCCGUGCUGCCUGGAGCAAGAUUUCAGCUGAAACCGGCGAAGGAUCCAGACAGUGGUCAGUUCUCUGUGCAGCAAUAUAAACUCAGUCAAAACGACCACUUCCGGUUGGAAGUGAAAGAUAAAAGAAACGACAUUAAAAUUCCUGUAUUGGUAGUUCAAAAAUCAUUAGAUAGAGAAACAGCAAAAAGCCACUCGUUGAUUCUCACAGCUCUGGAUGGAGGUAAACCUCCCAAAUCAGGGAAUAUGACUAUUCUGAUAAAUGUUUUGGAUAUUAAUGACAACGCACCAAUUUUCUCUCAAGGUGAAUAUUCUGUUACCCUGAAGGAAAAUGCUGCAGUUGGAACUACGGUCAUACAGGUGAAUGCAACCGAUUUAGAUCAUGGAUUAAAUGGAGAUGUGACUUUCUCUUUUAGCAACAACGUAAACAAAGACUUGUUAAAUCUAUUUGAAAUAAGUGCAGAGGGUGAAAUAACAGUUAAAGGUGUGAUUGACUAUGAAGAUAAGGACGAAUAUGAAUUAGAAGUCCAGGCCACAGAUAAAGGUCUAGCACCUCUUACAGCUGAAAAAAGCAUCAUAAUUAAAAUAAUUGAUAUGAAUGAUAACACUCCUGAGAUUGAAGUUACCUCUUUUUCAAACUCCAUUCCUGAAGAUUCCAGACCAGGAACUACAGUCGCUCUGAUCAGUGUUAAUGACCUGGACUCCGGUCUGAAUGGAAAAGUUAUUUGUACUGUCAGUGAAGAUGGCCCGUUUACUUUAUCACCCACUUUAAAAGAUAAAAUGUUUUCACUUGUCACCAGAACCCAUUUAGACAGAGAGAAAGAGUCAAAAUAUGUUCUGACAAUCAUUGCAACAGAUGCAGGCCAGCCUCCAUUAUCAGCUGAAAGAACAAUCAACCUUGUGGUGUCAGAUGUAAAUGACAACAGACCAGAGUUUUUAAUGAGUCCAUAUAGUUUUUAUAUCACAGAGGGUAACAAUCCUGGAGCUUCAGUGUUUUCUGUUAAAGUGUAUGUGGACCUCUGA